CUCAGUUUUCGAGCAGUUACAGACAGUGAGAAAAAAAACAUCUGCCACCUCUGCUAGAAAAAGGUGUGUCGUUUUUGCAAAUGUGUUGAAUUGGCGCGGAACCACGAAUUUUGGAUCAGAAUUCGGACAUUUACAGCACUAUGUCUGAUCUAUUUGGCGGUUCCGGCGAUAGCGGUGAUGAAAAUGCCGGUAGAAUAUCUGACGGUGAUGAUCUACCAGACACGAAUGACGACCCAGAAGCAGCAGCAGAUGAAGUCGCUAAACCAGUGAAGGUGGAACCGAAAAAACGAACUGUUCGGAAUCCCAGGGUAACGCUUAAUGUUCAAAGACUAUGCGGGCCUCGAGGGGUAACUGACAUAGAAAACUACUUUAAAAAUGUUAGAUAUCGUGGAAAAGGACACGAAGAAGAGAAUCUUAAAGUUAUCAUGCAACGUAUGCAACACUGGGCACACCGAAUGUUUCCAAAAUACACGUUUGAUGACUGCUUGGAAAAAUGUGAAACACUUGGGAACAAGCAAGCGAUGAAGUCCUACAUGCACAAAUACCGGAUGGGGAUGCUUGAGGAACCCGUAGUUUUAACAACCGAAGAAGCUGAGCAUUCAAGACAGGAAACUAACGUGUUAGACAACAAUCUUGACCCACUGGAUAGUAUGCUUGAAGAACAAAUUGCUAUUUCACGAGCCGGUAACUUGAACACUUCCGGCGUUGGAUAUUUAUCUGUUUCUGAAAAGAACUUCGAUUCUCUGCGCGAAGACAGUACAUCGUUACCGCCGUCAACCCCUUCGAAGGCACCGGCACCAUUGACAGAAGAGAUGCGAGCCAAAAUAGCUGAAAACCGUUUGAAGGCACUGGAAAUUCGAAAAACGAAAAUGUUGGCUGCGGCAAAUGUAGGGAACGAGGAUGAGUCGGUAAAUUCUGCUUCGUAGUUUGCUACUGAAUGUUGUUUUGAGGUAUGUUGAAUUGAUUCAAUGCAUUUUGCUGGACAGGAUUGAUACAUCUCUAAAUAUAUUUUGAGGGACACUAUAAUCAAUAUCCUAAAAGUUAGAAUAAUGGAACGCUGUAAACGUGAUAGUAUCAUAUUAAUCCUUAUUCAAUAUAACUAGUAUCUUAAAAGUUAGAAGAAUUAA